AUAUACCUAUUCUCUCACUCAUACCGCACCCUCCUACCGCAGCACCGGCAACUCCCCAAAACCCUAGACCUUUAUAAACCCUUGGGUUUUGCUGGGUUCUCUACCACUCCACUUCUCUUCUCUUCGUUAAACCCUAACUCUCUCCAUCUCACUUCUUCCCAUGGGCAAGUCAAGCAAGAAGUCCGCCACUAAAGUUGACGCAGCCCCUGCUGUAGUCCCAGUCUCGAAGUCUGGCAAGAAAGGAAAGAGAGAAGCUGAGAAUGAGAUUGAAAAGGUUGUGAGUGCAAAGAAGCAGAAAAGAGAUGAGGCAGUUGAGCAAGCCGCUCUGAAAAAGAAGAUUGAGGUGAAGACACAGAAGAAGAAAGUGGAAUCCAGUUCUGAUGAUUCUGAUUCAUCCUCCGACUCUGAGGACGAGAAGCCGGCCCCAAAAACUGUUGUACCUGCAAAGAAAAUUGUAGCUGCUAAGAAUGGUGCUGCUAAGAAGGUUGAGUCUUCCAGCAGCUCUGAUGAUGACUCAUCUGAUGAGGAUGAAAAGCCUGCUGCCAAAGCAGCAGUGCCUGUUAAGAAGGCUGUUCCUGUUAAAAAUGGUAAAGUUAGUUCAGAAGAGGAUUCGAGUGAUGAUGAUAGCUCCUCAGAUGAUGAGCCUAAGAAAGCAGCUAAGGUUGUUCCACAAGCAAAAAAAGCUCCUGUUGUAGUGGCCAAGAAAGAUUCUUCAGAUAGCAGUUCUGAAGAGGACAGUGAUUCUGAUGAGGAAGUAAAGGUAAAAAAUGUACAAGUUUCUGCCCCUAAAAGGAAAAUUGAAUCAAGUGAUAGCUCUGAUUCAGAAAGUGAUUCUUCUGAUGAUGAGGAAGUGAAGGUAAAAAAUGUACCAGCUUCUGCCCCUAAAAGGAAAAUUGAAUCGAGUGAUAGCUCUGAUUCAGAAAGUGAUUCUUCUGAUGAUGAGGAAGUGAAGGUAAAAAAUGUUCCAGCUUCUGCCCCUAAAAGGAACUCUGAUUCAGAAAGUGAUUCUUCUGAUGACGAGGUUCCUACAACCAAGACUGCCGUUCCUGCUGCCAAAAAGGUUCAGCCAUCUAAGAAAACUGAGGAGAGUUCAGAAGAGAGUGAUGAAAGUUCUGAUGAAUCUGAAGAAGAGCCUCAAGCUAAAAAAGCAAAAGCUCCGGUUGUUGCCAAACCAAGUGCUAAAACUGUUCAAAAGGAAAGCAGCAGUGAUGAUUCAGAUGAGGAGAGCUCUGAUGAUUCAGAUGAGGAAACACCAAAGGCAGCACCUAAGCCAACCAAAGCUCCAAAAGAAAGUAGCAGUGAAGAAGAGUCAGAUUCAGAUGAUGAAUCUGACGAUGAAGAACCUUCGAAGACACCAAAGAAAAAGGCAUCUGAUGUAGAAAUGGUAGAUGCUGCUACACCAAAAACUCCAGCUACUUCAGAGACUGGCUCUAAGACUUUGUUUGUUGGAAAUUUGCCAUUCGGUGUUGAACAAUCUGAUGUGGAGAAUUUCUUUAAAAGUGCUGGAGAAGUUGCUGAUGUUCGAAUUGCUUAUAAUGAUGAAGGGAGAAUGAAGGGUUUUGGGCAUGUUGAGUUUACCACUUCAGAGGCGGCUAAAAAGGCACUUGAAUUGAAUGGCCAAGAACUGUUGGGUCGUGGCCUGAGACUUGAUUUGGCACGUGAAAAGGGUCAAAACGCUACUGCUACCCCAUACAACAAAGAGAGGGGCUCAUUCCAGCAGUCAGGAGGAAAAAGCAAUACAGUUUAUAUUCGUGGUAUUGAUACAUCCGUUGGGGAGGAUGAGAUUAGAAGUUCACUACAAGAGCAGUUUGGUGAAUGUGGAGAGAUUACAAGAAUUUCCAUCCCCAAGGAUUAUGAUAGUGGUUCCUUUAAAGGCAUUGCUUACAUGGACUUUGCGGACUCUGAAGCUUUCAACAAAGCUCUAGGGCUAGAUGGCCAAAAUUACUUGAAAGUAGAAGAGGCAAGACCCCGAGGUGAUUUCAGCAGUGGUGGUCCCAGAGGCGGUGGCAGAACUGGAUCUGGUAGGCGAGGCAGAGAUGGUGGCAGGUUUUCUGGUAGGCGAGGCAACUUCUCAGGUGGUAGAAGUAAUGGACGUGGAUUUAAUAAACCAAGCUUUGCCCCAUCAGGGAAGAAGACAACCUUCGGUGAUGAUUAUUAAGUCGUUAUAGAUGAAUUUUGAAUAGUAUUUUUGCCCCUUUCCUGAAUUUUCGUUUAAUGUUUAGUUGGUAAAUUAAGAAUAUCAAAUUUAAGAGAGUUUUUUUUUUUUGAUUUGGGGAUGGUUGAGAUAACCACUCCAUUGGUUCACUAUGACAUUACAAGUUCUGCUAGUAUCGGAGUUUAUCCAAAUAUUUUGAGUAUUCAUUUAUUUGUAUGUUUUAUGUAUGAAAAUUGUCAUGUUGAGCUAGUAUAAUGCAAAUCAUAUUUUGGCA